AUGCUGCUCCUGCCACUCUUAUUAUUUUUCCCUUCGUUGCUUAACCUGAUGUUUGCCAAUAGUGCUCUCUAUCGAAAUCCAACAGGCAAAAUUUCUCUCGGUAACUUUAAGUGCAACCCCUUCUAUUACCUUUGGGAAGAAAAACUUACAUCGUCCAUGGUAAAAGGUCAGUUUUUCUGCGCUUUGCUUUGUGUUAAUGAACCGAGGUGCUAUUCGUUUAACGUGGCAGAGUAUCCUGACUCCAAUGGUCUUUAUCUUUGUGAGUUGUUGGUCACUGACAAGUACAGAGCUACUGGAAAGCUCUUUGCAAAUGCCACAUUCCAUCAUUUUAGUCCUUGGUCUCCAUGUGAAAGCGCUCCCUGUAAGAACGGUGGUGUCUGUGAUCCUAAUUAUGAGUGGAACUCCUAUCACUGUGAAUGUAAGCCUGGAUUCUGCGGAACUCACUGCAAACGAGGAGGAGAUAAAACCUGCAGUCAGAUCAAACUAUGUAAUCUCCCAAGUGGAUCUUACGUCAUCGACCCUGAUGGAGAGGGCGGAGUGAAACCUUUCAAAGUCUAUUGUAACAUGACUGACAAGAACGGUGUUGGAGUGACAGUUGUCAGUCAUGACAGUGAAGGGAGGAAGUUGGUGCGAGGGUUUCGUGCCAAAGGCUCUUAUUCUCGCUCCAUCAAUUACACGGAGGCUGAUAUGGCUCAACUGGCAAACCUGACAGCUUCAUCAGCUCACUGUGAGCAGUUUAUAAAGUACGAGUGCUACAACUCACAGCUCCUCUCCAAUGGUAACAUGUACGGCUGGUGGGUGUCACGUGAUGGAGAGAAGAUGAAGUACUGGGGAGGAGUUGAUUCUGUUGAUUACAAAUGCGCAUGCGGCUUGAAUAAUACAUGUGCAAACAUUAACCGCGGAUGCAACUGUGACGCGAAUGGCCCCACAUGGCGAGAGGACAGCGGCCUCCUCAAAGACAAAUCCAAGCUGCCAGUGAAACAACUGAGGUUUGGAGAUACCUAUUAUUAUAGCGACAGGGGAUACCACACACUUGGAAAGCUCAAGUGUUUUGGACUCAUUUAA